AGGUCAGGUGGGCGGAAGCCGCGGCGGCUACCGGAGCGGACUCCGCGGAGGCCUCGCACCGCGCCCGCAGGGCACUUUCUCUGCUGCCAAGAGUUUCCUCAUGAGCCACUUAAACCUCAAGGCAUCAAGCUGUGCAUGGCCACAUUCACCUCACAUAGCUGGCCAGGAUGGGGUGAGGAGCAUCCGGAUUCCAACCCAAGCUUCAAACUUGGGACUCCACAACCCUUUUGGCAGUUCCUAGUGGACUCAGUCAGUGUGAGAUUUUAACCCUACAGCUUGCAUCUCCCUCGCUUGUCUUGUUGCUGGGACAUAGUACCUGCUCAGGGUGGGUCACCAAUCAUCAGUCUCCACAGCAGGCUGUUUCCUCCAGGCUCACUGAGGUCAAGGCGAGGAUUGUACAUGAGCCUCAGAUACCAGCCAGAGACUAAGAAUUCAGGGUCAUUGGGGGAACUGGACCUCUGGGCCCCUGGCUGUGCAUUGCAGGUGUCCAGGCUUUGUAGGGACCCACUGCUCCCAGGAGGAUGGUGCGGAUCUUGGCCAAUGGGGAGAUUGUUCAGGACGAUGACCCCCGUGUGAGGACUACUACAUCGCAGAGAGGGAGCACUCCUCGGCAGGGCUUUCUCAACAGGGGUCAUGGUGCCCCUCCAGGGGGGCCUGGGCCCCGCCAGCAGCAGCAGCAAGCAGGUGCCAGGCUUGGUGCUGCCCAGUCGCCCUUCAAUGACCUCAACAGACAGUUGGUGAACAUGGGCUUCCCCCAGUGGCACUUGGGUAACCACGCCGUGGAGCCAGUGACCUCCAUCCUGCUGCUCUUUCUGCUCAUGAUGCUUGGGGUUCGCGGCCUCCUGCUGGUGGGCCUUGUCUACCUGGUGUCUCACCUGAGCCAGCGGUGACCACUGGGGCCGACAGGGAGUGUGUGAGAGGGACUUGCUGGAUUUGAUGUGAGAGUCAGCUCUGGGGGAGGGGACUAGAGGGGUGUGGUGUGGGCUUUCUCACAUUAUUAAGCAUGAGGCGGAGGGAGACCUAGCCUAGCAUCCCUCAGAUAUGGAGUGGGUGCCCUAGUUCUGAGAUUCUAUUAGGGGGUAUAGGGCCUCCAUUUAAGAGGUGCAGGACCACAGUUUGAAAGGAGUUGUUCCAAUUUACUCUUUUUAUGCCAAGAAGAAAGUCUCAACUUGGUGCUGGUGUGACCUACUGCUUUUCCUUAGGAGCAGGGUGGGCUGAGGGCAAGUGAGAGACCUUUCCAGACUUUUAUAGCAGUGUUUUGUUCUAAUGGUGUAUUUGUAUUGGCUACCUUUUACUUAUGACAAGGGGACCUGGCAUUCUAUUUAUUGUGACAUUUUCAAUAAAUAAGUAAAACAACGA